GAGGGCUUAGUUUUGCAUGUUCCCAUCCAUCCUGCACGACGCGAAAGGGCCCCUUAUCCACCUCUCCUGUGUACUAGGAACACCUCCACUGGUGAUCAGCCUUUGCCUGUGUUUGUCUUGUGGAGAAGCAGCAGCACCUUUUCAGGAGUGGGUUUUUUAUUCAACAAGAAGUCCUGAAGGUUUUGGAUGCGGUGCUUCAGGGAUGUGGGCACUUUGAGAGCAGCAUCACCCACAAACACAAACAACUGCCAUCGAUUUUUCUGUGAAUAGCACAAAAAAAGAGAGAAAAAAAAGAAAAACAAAGAGGAACAAUAGCAACACAAAAAAAUCUUGUCUAUUGAACAAUUCACUUUUCCAGUCUGUGGAUACCGCUCUAACUAAGUACAGCACUUUGAGAAUUGUUCACAUCGGACGGACUGAAGAGGGAGGCAAGACCUGUGGACCGGGUUUUCCCUCGCAAGUCUGAAUCGGCUCUCGCUACUUAUCCCGUGAAAAAAAAAAAAAAAAAAAAAAACAACAACCCUGAAGGAUAACACGCUUGGACGUUUAUUUCCUUAAUUUCGCAGGAGGCUCUUUUUCACGCAAAUUGUCCUAAAUGUUUGGGAUUCAGGAAACUAUACCGCGGGGUGGGACGACGAUGAAGGAGGAACCGCUGGGUGGACUGAACUCGGUCCGCUCCUGGAUGCACACAGCUGGGGUGGUGGAUGCAAACACAGCCGCCCAAAGCGGUGUCGGCUUGGCACGGGCACAUUAUGAAAAGCAGCCCCCUUCCAACCUCAGAAAAUCCAAUUUUUUCCAUUUCGUCCUGGCGCUGUAUGACAGACAGGGUCAGCCCGUGGAGAUCGAAAGGACAGCUUUUGUGGACUUUGUGGAGAAAGAAAAAGAACCAACCAGUGAAAAAACUAACAAUGGGAUACAUUACAAACUACAGUUAUUGUACAGCAAUGGCGUCAGAACAGAACAGGAUCUUUACAUACGGUUAAUCGAUUCCAUGACGAAGCAGGCUAUAGUUUAUGAGGGCCAAGACAAAAAUCCAGAAAUGUGCAGAGUUCUUCUUACCCAUGAAAUUAUGUGCAGCCGAUGCUGUGACAAGAAAAGCUGUGGAAACAGGAAUGAGACCCCAUCAGACCCUGUGAUCAUUGACAGAUUCUUCCUAAAGUUCUUUCUCAAGUGUAAUCAGAACUGUCUGAAGAAUGCAGGGAAUCCACGAGACAUGCGCAGAUUCCAGGUUGUUGUAUCGACGACCGUCAAUGUGGACGGCCAUGUCUUGGCUGUCUCUGACAACAUGUUCGUACACAACAAUUCCAAGCAUGGGCGAAGGGCUCGCAGACUCGACCCUUCAGAAGGUACGCCUCCUUAUCUGGAGAAUGCCACCCCGUGCAUCAAGGCUAUCAGCCCCAGCGAGGGAUGGACCACUGGAGGAGCCACUGUCAUUAUAAUAGGGGACAACUUCUUUGACGGCCUACAAGUCGUGUUUGGCACCAUGCUCGUAUGGAGCGAGCUGAUAACUCCCCACGCCAUCCGCGUCCAGACUCCACCUCGACACAUCCCCGGUGUUGUGGAAGUCACGCUGUCCUACAAGUCCAAGCAGUUCUGCAAAGGUGCCCCUGGGAGAUUUGUCUAUACUGCCCUCAAUGAGCCUACCAUCGACUAUGGUUUCCAGAGACUGCAGAAGGUCAUCCCAAGACACCCCGGCGAUCCUGAGAGGUUACCAAAGGAGGUGUUGCUGAAGAGGGCGGCUGAUCUUGUGGAAGCCCUGUAUGGAAUGCCCCACAACAAUCAGGAGAUCAUUCUGAAGAGGGCAGCUGACAUCGCCGAGGCCCUGUACAGCGUUCCUCGCAACCACAACCAGAUCCCCUCUCUCGCUAACACAGCCUCCCACGGCAUGAUGGGAGUCAACUCCUUCAGCAGCCAGCUAGCAGUCAAUGUGUCUGAGUCACAAGGGAAUGACCAAGUGGGCUACAGCCGGAACACCAGCAGCGUGUCCCCCCGGGGCUACAUCUCCAGCAGCACCCCGCAGCAGUCGAGCUACAACACCGUCAGCAACAGCAUGAAUGGCUACGGCAAUGCCGGUAUGAACCUGGGAGUGCCAAGCUCCCCUGGGUUCCUCAACGGAUCCUCUGCCAACUCCCCAUAUGGAAUUAAACAAAAGAGCGCCUUCGCCCCUGUGGUCCGACCCCAGGCCUCCCCACCCCCCUCCUGCACCAGCGCCAACGGCAACGGACUGCAAGCCAUGUCUGGCCUGGUUGUCCCUCCAAUGUAAAUGCACUUUCGUCAUCUCAAGCACCAGUCUACACACUACCACUUCACAGGACACCCCCUCAGCACACAGCAAAAUGCUGGUGUAAUGUAUAGUCAACUGCUUGUUCUGUUUUUAAAGAUGAAGAAAAAAAGAAAAGAAAGAAAAUGAUUUUCUUUUUCUUUUAAAUGACUUUUGAAACCUGCAGAAAAAAGGAUUUCAUUAAGGAACAAUAUUUUUUUCCUGUGGGAUUUUUUUUUUUAGUUUGUUUUAUUUCCCCCUCCCCCCCCAUUUGACCACCCUUGAAGAGGACACGGGAUGAUGAAGGGUUUAUUUUGUAUACCUGUCGGAUUGUGCUUUGGCCUUGGAUAUGUCCAAUCAACCACACAUUCAAUACUGGAAGGGACUCUGUGGACUCACCAUCUGGUUGUAAAGUAAAAACACUGAUGUACAGUACAUUUGCCAAUGAACUUGUUUGCCUCAGAAAUUGCUUUUCUGUUUCAACUCUCUUUUAAUAGAUUCACAACAGUUGUGUGUCUUUAUAAUGUGACUUUUUUGUAUUUUUAUGUGUGAGAAAAAUACACAGGGGCCAAUACAGUUUGAAUUUCAACUGGAAAAUAUAUGAGAUAUAUAAUGUAGAAAAUUGAGCUUAAAGUACAACAAAUACAAGUUAAUGGGGUGGGGCUGGGUGGGUAAGGUUGUAUCAUGUUUCAUUCCUGCAUUUUAACUUAAAUUUUGUAAUUUAUUGUAGCUAGAAAUCAUCUUCAAAAGUAAAAAAAAAAUCCUCUUUGAUUCAACAAGCACACUGACGUGUACAAAACACUGCUCUGUUGAUGAAUAUGAUGUACUUCCAUGUCUAGAGCUUCCUUUUAAGCAAGUGUGUUUUGCCAUGUUUUUCAACCUUUUUGCUAGCACUGUAUAUUAAUGCAUUCCUAGGCUACUGUGAAGUCUGUUUCUUGUUGAUGAGGAGCAGUCUCCCCGUUCUAGCUCCAAUUCCCUUAUGUGUUUUAUAUGUGGUUAAAAAUUGUAGACUAUUGUGAUAUUGCCAAACUUGUGCUAAAUAUUUAUACAUCUGUCUUUUUCAUGUUCUUUUAGAUCAACAAAAAACAUUUAAAAAACAAAAUUAAAAUCCAUUGAGAAUGUAGAAGUAUAGUAGUUCAUUGUCAUUUUUCUGUUCAAAUACACACUUGCGCUCACUGAGGGAAAUUUUGUAACAUAUCAACUAUAAAUAAUGUAUUUAUCUCUGAAAUUUUGUAUAUUGCUUUUCAUUAUGUAUGUAUUAAUCGUCAUGCCCUUAAUAUAGUGAUGCAGCACAGAUAAUUCAGCCAAGAACUGUUGCCUUCAUUUGUUUUCUUUUUGUAUUUGAUGAAAUGCAAUGUGCAUAUUCAUGUGUAUCCUCAAAUUUGUGUUACUCCGUCAAGACUCUCUGUCCAUUUUUUAAAGGGGAAGUCAAACUUCAUUGUUUAUUUUUAUAUUGAUUUUAAAUUAUCUAUACAGACCAUUUUGGAGAAAACUUUGUUGGUUGUAUUGUCAAAUAAAUUGUUUGUGACCCAUAUGAUAGUUGUUAAGAUCCAAUAGAGACUAAUGUGCAUGAGGGACAACCUUGGAGAAAAAAAAACACUCCAUUUGUGGUUGUAUUUUUUUCUGUUUUGUAGAAUGUAUAGAAGUCAUUUUUACUCACCACUUAUGACUCUGCCACAUAGCUUACAUGUGUUUACAGGGAAGAAAAUUUAAAAUGUCAACAUUUGGAAUGGAAACAGAAAUGAAUAAGUGAUGUUUUAUUAAAAUUUUCAGUAAAAACACAA